AAAUAAUUGAGUUUUCCCCCACUAACAAGAGUGCUGGUGCGGAUUAAGUAACGUAGAUUCCAAUUGACAUUUCUAUUUCCUUGGGAUUGACAAAAAAGAGAUGGAGCAACAAGAGCUACAAAUUCUACCGGUCACGACACCCGGGAAAGACGAGAUUCCGCACGCAGGGCAAAGAGAAGGAAUAGAACAAGACGUUUCGAUGGUAGAGGAGAGGAGAAAGAGGAGUAAAGUGCGCUUAAUCGCUAUUAUCACCGCAUUGUUUCUCUCCCUCUUCGUCUCUGCCCUCGACGCAACAAUCGUCGCCACAGCCGCACCCACUAUAUCCCGCGACCUCUCCUCGGCCGCAGGCUACACCUGGAUCGGGGGCGCCUACCUCCUCGCCAACGCAGCCUCCGGCCCCAUCUGGGCGUCGCUCUCCGACAUCUGGGGCCGCAAGCUCAUCAUGCUCGUUGCGCUCGCACUCUUCUUCGUCAGCUCCGCCGUGUGCGCUUCUGCAAAGACGAUGCAGGAACUUAUUAUUGGGCGGGCUUUCCAGGGCGCUGCGGGUGGCGGGUUGAUAUUGCUUGUGCACGUGUGUAUUAGUGACUUGUUUAGUUUGAGGGAGAGGAGCUUGCUGAUGGGGUUUGCCGAGGGGAUUUGGGCAUGGUGUUUUUAUAUUAAUCUUCCCAUCAGCGGUGUCGCGUCAAUCCUCGUGCUGCUCUUCCUCGAUAUUCGGCACGAACACACGUCGUUUCUACGUGGCAUUCGCGCGAUAGAUUGGCUCGGCAUCGUCACCUUUCUGGCCUGUACGCUGCUCUUGCUCCUCGGCCUCGACUUUGGUGGCGUCCUGUUCCCCUGGUCUUCGCCUAAGAUCAUCGUCCUCCUCACCAUCGGCACGGCCAUGCUCUUCGUCUUUAUCUACAGCGAGGCCAAAGUCGCAAAGUACCCGCUGAUACCCAUGGCCCUGUUCAAGCACGCCACGAAUGUCGCCGUGCUAUCCGUCGUGUUCCUGCACGGCUUCGUCUUCAUAGCAGGAGAAUACUACAUGCCGCUCUUCUUCCAGUCCGUCCUCGAAGCCUCGCCCCUGCGCUCUGGUCUGCUGCUCCUCCCCUUCAUCGUUACAGGCGCCCUCGCCGGCGUAGGAUGCGGCGUGAUAAUGCACAAGACGGGACGCUUCCGGCCCAUCAUCUGGAUCGGCACGCUGCUCCUUACUAUCGGCUUCGGUCUCUUCAUCGCCUUCAGCGCAACGACUUCGACGGCAAUGGCAGCUGGUUUCGUGGCCAUUGGCGGCCUGGGCUCGGGAGUUCUGUUCGAGGCGCCCCUAAUUGCGAUUCAGAGCCAGGUCCAGCAGUGCGACGUCGCCAGUGCAACUGCUACGUUGACGUUUAUUCGCAACAUCGCCGUCGCUGUAUCCACUAUUGUGGGCGGCACAAUCAUCCAGAAUUCCAUGGAUGGCCAGGCCUCCUUGCUACGCGACGCGGGUGUCCCGCAGCAUAUACGGGAACUGCUGGAUGGCGAGAAUGCGCUUGCAAACGUCAUGGUCCCGAGCACAUUGGGCAGUAACCCCAAAUGGGAAUAUGCUGCCAAACAAGCUUUUGCGUACGCCAUGCGCAAUAUGUGGAUCACAUACACAGUGCUUGCAUUCCUGAGCUUUGUGGCAAGCUUGUUCAUCAAGUCGGCGGUGCUGAGUACAGACCAUGUAGAGACUGUGACGGGGUUGAAAAAGGAAAAGAAGCCGACCGAGAUCACGACAUGA